AUGCAAAAGUACAUGUAUGAGAAAGCAAUGGCACAAGAGACAAGGAACGGAGGAACCUCUACGUUAAAUAACAACAAUGGUGUUGACAACAGUAAGAAGAAGCUGCUGAUAGCGCUCGACGUCUUCUGCCUUCUACUUGCUAGCCUGCCUUUCCUGAUCAUUGAGACUAGCACCAUAAAGCCGUACCAGCGCGGGUUUUACUGUUCGGACGAGUCCAUCCGCUUCCCCCGAAAAGAGGGAGACACCAUUAGCGAUGCCGUGCUUUGUGGUGUUGGCAUUCUUAUUGCCAUCUUCUCUAUUGUGAUUGGAGAGUGCUUCAGGAUUCACCAACUACAUGAGGGAACCAAGUCUUUCGUUGGGAAUCCCUAUGUUGCAGCCCUCUACAAGCAGAUGGGUGUGUUUCUCUUCGGAUGUGCCGUCAGCCAGUCAUUUACAGACAUUGCCAAGGUGUCGGUGGGCCGUAUGAGGCCCCACUUCUUAGAUGUGUGUAAACCCGAUUUCUCCACCAUCAACUGUUCACUGGGAUACAUCACCAACUAUACCUGCAGUGGCACAGAGAGCGAUGUACAGGAGGCCAGGAAAUCCUUCUUCUCAGGACAUGCCUCUUUUUCAAUGUUUACCAUGCUUUACUUGGCUUUCUAUCUCCAGUCCAGGUUUUCAUGGCGUGGCGCUCGUCUCCUCCGCCCGUUGCUCCAGUUCACCCUGUUGAUGAUGGCCUUUUACACCGGCCUGUCCCGCAUCUCCGACCACAAGCACCACCCGACCGAUGUCCUUGCAGGCUUUGUGCAGGGAGCCCUGGUGGCCUACUGCAUAGUGUUCUACGUGUCCGACCUGUUCAAGCCCAGGGUGAAGCCAGCCACGCCCCCGCCCUCCCCCAUCAAGAAGGAGCUGCUCCCUUCGUCCGACAUCAUCGAGAGGAACAACCACCACAACAUGGUGUGAGAGAAGGCCGCGACGUCGUCCCUGUGCCCGAGGAGCCAAUCGCAGCGCUGCUCGCCUCCCAUCGGACAGUAGAAUGUAGCGACGAGAGACUGUAGCUGCGUCUCAAAUGGCACCCUCCUCCCUUUUGCAAUGCCGAGCAGGGGCGCUCACUCCAUGGACUAGGGUGUCCGAUUUGAGAUUUUGCACAGCAGAGUCCACUCUCAAUAUCCAGACUUAUUAUUUACCAUUAUGUUAACUACUAAUCAACAUUUGAGCCCAUCGUUUUUUGAGCACAAACCGAUAAGAAUUGGAAGACUAAACGACAAAAUGAUUUAAGAAAUUGAUGACUUUGACAGGCAGAGCUAAAGGGUGUGGAGGUCUGAUGGAAGUGUUGACAAGAAGUGAAAACACUUGUGAACAAAAAUGAAUGAAUGAAGAAAAAAAAAGAAAAGACAAACCCCCUUGCCUGAGAGAGGGAUUUCCAGUGAUGCUUCCUCUCCGAACUCUCUGUGGCCUUGGAACACCGUAGGACAACAACUUCCUUAGCUACGGGAAGGAUAUUACUGCAAUAACUAGCAGCAUAGAAAUAUUAACAGUAUAGAAAAAUAUAACUGAUAGCACUGUUUUGUUUUUUUUAAGUUCAUUGUCCAUUAUCACCACUUGCUGCCUGAGACGUCUAACUGAAAGAAAACUUGAUGAAGCUGACACCUGUGAGACAGAAGUAUUGACUCACAGAAGCCAACCAAGCCUGUGGCGGUGGCUUCACAGGACGCCAUGCGCCAGGCAGGAUAAAGUUAGCAUAGCAUGGCUUCAAUAACAAAAACCCCGUUAACCAGGAGGCCAUUGUAAGGAUCGCGUACUGAUCUUUUCAACAGGUUUUAGAGCAGUCCUUUGGCUGUCUUUGUUCUUAACUGAUAAGCAAGACGUCAGUAUCCCAAUAAGCUGUGUUUAGCAGUAGGAAGUGAAGCCCUCCAGCAUGUACCUCUGUCUCCAGAUCAGCAUGUCAAGCUUUUUGUAGUGGACUCUCAGAGUGGCCCAAACCCGGGAUGUUGCAUUUUUCGAGGGUUAGAUGUAGUAAAAGGGGGGAUAUUUCCUUGUGGAAGAAGGGAGGCAGAUCUCCCAGCAGCUGUAUAAGCGGCGUGGCUGUGCCAUGCCACUUCCUGGUGUUGGUUGGCCAUCUGUUUUGGCUUCCUAAACGGGAAGGGGGCGGGUGGACGGAGUGGAGGGGUGCGGGCUGUCACCGUGGAAAGAGGGUGAUGAAUUACAGCUAAGCUGGCACAUUAUUUUUGGGGAUGAUUUGGGCUCUUUCCGCUGGCAGGGAGGGGCUCUCACCCACCCAAUCCCUCAUUGGCAAUGGAUGUGUGUGUGUGUGUGUGUGUGUGUGUGUGUGUGUGUGUGUGUGUGUGUGUGUGUGUGUGUGUGUGUGUGUGUGUGUGUGUGUGUGUGUGUGUGUGUGUGUGUGUGUGUGUGUGUGUGUGUGUGUGUGUGCGUGUGUCCUGUACACUCCUGUGCUUGUGGGUACACUUGUACAUCUUGUGAGUGUGAAUGUGUGUGUACAUAUGUAUGAGCGCUGUGAAAAGGAACCCCCUCUUGAUAAACUCAGUGUGUGUCAAAUGAGACACACUGUCAGCUGUGCCAAGUGUGUGUGUGUGUGUCUGUGUGUCUAUGUGUGUGUGUGUGUGUGUGUGUGCCACUGUGUGUCAGAUAGCGACAGAGCAGGUGAGCGUUACGAAAACUGUGGAUCUAAUAUUUUUAUUCUCAGCUAAGAAGCAUUUUUAACCUUGUAUGUGUAUAGCCUGUCCCGUAUAAUCACUAACAGUUGUACAGUACAGAAGCCCUUUUUUAUUUACAGCCGACUCAGAUAUCCUUUAACAACACACUCCGCCAUGUUGCACAUCUUUCUCAUCGUAUAGUCCGUCCUAUCAUUUCACCAAGCCGUUUUCACUCUUUUUAUAAAUAUAUAAAUAAUGUAUAGAUCACUAAAGUUACUCUGUAAGAUACUGUUUCUUAACAUGUUUAGAUAUAUCCACUAUGAUUACAGACCUGUGUUCUUUACAAAAUGCUGCUUAAAAAGCAUCGAAUGAUUUUUGUAUCUAGAUAACUAUUGUAGAUUGUUAUAGUUACGUUUGUAAUAUGCAUUCAAAAAAAAGUACACCCACAAUUGUAUUAAAAUUCAAUAUUAAUA